AGCCACGGAAUCAUAACGUUUCAAAUCUUCUGUAGAAAAAUAAACAAAUUGAACUGUUCAGUUGUCUUUACCGAGUGUGAAAAUGAGUCAAUCGUCGUCGCAAUCCAGGGAAAAUGGAAGUUAUACACCAGAGCAAUUGAAUACCGUUCAGCGGAUCAAAAACUGCACAGAUUUUUACGAAAUGUUGAAUGUUUCUGAGGAUGCUUCCGGUUCGCUGAUCAAAGAUUCAUACAAAAAGCUUGCGUUGCUCCUCCACCCAGAUAAAAACAAAGCUCCAGGCGCAGAAGACGCAUUCAAAUCGGUGGCCAAUGCGUACACAGUUUUGACUGAUGACGAGAAGCGAGCCAAAUAUAAUGUAUCUAGGAGAACAGAAGGACAUAAAUUCGCCUAUAAAGAGUUCCAAAUGGAUGUGGACCCUUACGUUGUGUUGGGUUGUGCUGUUGGCGUUGGGAUAGGAGUACUUGCCGCGGGAUUAUUAUGGAAGCUGUUCGCACCGUCUAAGAAAAGCGAAGAGGAAUAAGCUUCGAAAGUUGAUGUUCUCCAAAUUUUAUCAAUUCAUCUUGCGCGUGUAUCAUCGUGCUUAGGAAUGAAUUAUUUAAACAUACUUGUUUGUUUCAGCAAUGGAUAUGUGGAGUACACUGACUAUACGAGACGAACAAGAAUUCAUAAUUGGUGUAUUAUUUCAGUAUACAUCUGAUGAUAAUAUAAUGUGAUUGAAAACUAAA